AUGUCGUAUUAUGGGAUAUUGUUAGAUGUCCAUCCCAACGCACUCCUAGAGCUACAUACCCAACUGCUGUUGAGUUCCAAAGAGACUGACAUAAUUCCAACACCUAAAGUGAUAAAUGAUCAAGACUCAAACCCAGAUGCAACCAUCGUCGAGGUAGCCUUUGGCGAUCGCCUUGGAGCACUACUUGACACUGUUAGGGUGCUUUGCGAAAAAGCUAAGGAGGUUUUAAUGGAAGAAAGCAAUGUUCAGGCCAACUGUUCAAUCUGUUCAAAGCUCACAAAAAUCCUAGACAAAAUCCAAUUGCUCACAAGAUUAUUUUGUGCUCUUUUGUUUUAUUUGUGAAUAUCACUAUCUACUUUGAAA